AUGGCCGAGCAAUUACUCACGAGUGCACUCUUCGACGUCUCAGGACGUUCGAUUGCCAUUACAGGCGCAGCAAGCGGCAUUGGCCGUAUGCUAGCGCGCGGGUUCUUUGUCAACAAAGCGUCUGUCAUCUUGAUCGAUGUCAACGAAAAGUCUUUGAAAGAAACACAAGAAGAGUUGAAACAACUUGCAGAAACGACCGGAAGCACCGCCAGUAUCGAAUUAUUUGCUGGAGAUCUCUCAACCGAGGAGGGGGUACAGAAGGUGAUAGCUGCAGUCAAGGCAGGUCGGCAAUCACUAGACGCGUUAGUCCACUGUGCCGGCAUACGAUACAUGAACGAAAUCACCUACAGACCAGGAGACAGUCUCGAGCAACUUGAAAAGGCGACGCUCUCUGCGCCGUAUGCGGGAUGGGAACAGGUGUUCCGAGUAAACGUACUCGCUCCAUACUACCUCACAGCGGGCCUGGUGACGCUUUUGGGUGCGGCUGCAGCCAAGGGCGAAGGACGAGGUUCAGUGAUCAUGUUCAGCAGCCCCGCCAGCGUGCACAACCACCAGUUCGUCCCUUGCUAUCAAACAUCCAAGGCUGCUGUGGACCACCUUGUCAGAAUCAUGGCAAUGGAAUUUGCCGACUACUACAUACGAGUCAAUGCCAUUUCGCCUGGCAUUGUUCCGUCGGGCAUGACCACCAACGACGCCAACUCGAACCUUCACUUGGCUGGUGAGACUCCAGCUAAGCGGGCGGGGACGGAGGAGGACAUGGUCGGAACUGCGUUAUGGCUCUCAAGCAAGGCAGGGUCUUUCAUGGAUGGUAAAGUGGUCCGAGUCGAAGGCGGCCGUCUCUUAAUUCUCAAGGGCGUCACGUCAAAUUCCGAUUAA